AUGUUAUUUCAAGUCGUGUACCGAUUUGCUUUCGUCUUGUUCUUGGCAAAGAGCACAAAAGAAGGAUCCGAACAUGGCGUUUUCUUCCAAAUCAAAGAAAACAGCUUUUUCGGUUUCAGUGAGGAAAGUCUCGUUUGGUCUGGCAAAACUGACUCUUUGCUUUCCUGUUCUGCUUUGUGUGGGCGGGAAACUUCUUGCAGAAGAGCAAACUUUCUAGAAAACCAAAGACUUUGUCACCUUCUUCGCGGCGAAAUGCAAACAAGUUCAGCAGCUGGGCAUCUUUACCAGCGAGCUGGUUCUAUAUAUUUAACAAAGGUUGACCUACCAAAAAAAUCCGGCUCAUCCCAAGGUCAAACCACUCCUUUGCACUCUGGUUCAACCCGGCAUUCAAUAGGAAACUCGUGCCAGACCCUCCUCAGGAAAUAUCCCACUUCCCCUUCGGGUGUUUAUUGGAUUAAUCCAAGUGGUGGAUCUCAGGCCAAUCUUUUCAAGGCUUACUGUGACAUGGAGACUGAUGGAGGAGGUUGGACUCUUGUAUGGAGUUAUUCCUUCACUAACUACAGUCAUUUUAGGCGUAAAUCAAAUGCGAUCACUCCGAGGCCAAAUUGGCCGGUGAGAUCUCAAACGGAUGUUCCUAUCUCCACAACUCCUCCAUUAAAUGAAACAGACUACAACGCCAUGAACUUUUCACUCUGGAGGCAACUCGGCAGACAGGUCCUCAUCAAAAGCAACAUAAACAAUUGGCUGGUGUGUGAUCCGGGAAGUGGCAGCUUGGUUGAUUGGCAGGAAGGUGACGUCAACUGUACGAUAAUUAAACAGGUGCCGGAUGAUCCGAGUAACACGUUGGUUCCUUCCCUUUUUUUUCCAAACAAGUCGCCCCAAAGCUAUGGACCACUGUUCUCCAUGAGUGGGCCGUGGAACACCGUGUACUACUAUUUUGAUGGCUCAACCAUGAACCAUUUUCCUACCCAUGAUCGUUCCGGAACAAAUUCGCCCAACCAAAUGAGAAAUGUUGUAACUCCACAUGGUAAUAUUCUUAUUCGAGGCUUAUAG